AACAGGACAAGCCAAUGUCAGUGGAUCAACCUGCUGGAGACCAGGCCCUGCAGGCAGCUCCAUUGAGCAACAGCCCUGUGCCCCUAGCAACAGUCUUCACAUCCACCCCUGCUCCCGCCAGCAGCCCAGAGGCUGACGGAAAGCUCGCCGCCCCGGAAGAGAACGGUGAGGCUGAGAUGGAGCCCAUGAGGAACGGCGCCGGCCACACCUCAGAGACGGAGAGCAGCGACAGCGGAGCCACCCCUGGGGACAAGGAGAAUUCCACAGGAGCUCCACAGGAUAUAGAAGACCUGGCUGAUCCCAGUGGGAUGCUUCAGUAUGACAGGGCCAUCCUGUUGGACUUCCAGUUCAAGCCUGCCUGCACACAGAAGCCUGAGGGACUCCUGCAAUCCCUGGCGUGGUGCUAG